GGCGGGGCGGGGCGGGGCAGUGCAGGCCGGGGUCUGGGCGGGAUUCCGAGUGCUGCGCGGCUGACUCGUAUGUGCUUGCCCAGGGGAGCCCCAGCAGCUCCGGGUCCGCUUCCUCCGCGCCGUGGGAUACCCGGUGGACUUGUACUACCUCAUGGACCUGAGCUACUCCAUGAAGGACGACCUGGAGCGCGUGCGCCAGCUGGGGCACGCCCUGCUGGUCCAGCUGCAGGAGGUCACCCACUCGGUGCGCAUUGGUUUUGGCUCUUUUGUGGACAAAACAGUGCUGCCCUUUGUGAGCACAGUGUCUUCUAGGCUGCGCCACCCCUGCCCCAGCCGGCUGGAGCCCUGCCAGUCACCUUUCAGCUUUCACCAUGUGCUGUCCCUCACGGGUGAUGCUCAGGCCUUUGAGCGGGAGGUGGGGCGCCAGAACGUGUCUGGCAACCUGGACUCACCUGAAGGUGGCUUUGACGCCAUUCUGCAGGCUGCCCUCUGCCAGGAGCAGAUUGGCUGGAGAAACGUGUCCCGGCUGCUGGUGUUCACUUCAGAUGACACAUUUCACACAGCUGGGGAUGGAAAGUUGGGUGGCAUUUUCAUGCCCAGUGAUGGGCACUGCCACUUGGACAGCAAUGGCCUCUACAGUCGCAGUUCAGAGUUCGACUACCCCUCUGUGGGUCAGAUAGCCCAGGCCCUCUCUGCAGCAAACAUCCAGCCCAUCUUUGCUGUCACCAGUGCCACACUGCCCAUCUACCAGGAGCUGAGCCAGAUGAUUCCCAAGUCUGCAGUGGGUGAGCUGAGUGAGGACUCCAGCAAUGUGGUGCAGCUCAUCAUGGACGCUUACCAUAGCCUGUCAUCCACUGUGACCCUUGAACACUCUUCACUCCCUCCUGGGGUCCACAUCUCUUAUGAAUCCCAGUGUGGGGGUUCUGAGGAGGGUGGAGCUGGAGAUCGGGGACAGUGUAACCACGUUCGAGUCAACCAGACGGUGAGUUUUUGGGUUACUCUCCAAGCUACCCAUUGCCUCCCAGAGCCUCAUCUCCUGAGGCUUCGAGCUCUUGGCUUCUCGGAGGAGCUGACUGUAGAGCUGCAUACACUGUGUGACUGUAACUGCAGUGACACCCAGCUCCAGGCUCAGCACUGCAGUGAUGGCCAGGGGCAACUUCAGUGCGGGAUAUGUAGUUGUCUCCCUGGGCGCCUGGGUCGGCUCUGUGAGUGCUCUGAGGCUGAGCUGUCCUCCCCAGACCUGGAGUCCGGGUGCCGGGCACCCAAUGGGACAGGGCCCCUGUGCAGUGGGAAGGGACAGUGUCAAUGUGGACGUUGCAGCUGCAGUGGUCAGAGCUCUGGGCGUCUGUGUGAAUGUGAUGACGCCAGCUGCGAGCGACAUGAGGGCAUCCUCUGCGGAGGCUUUGGCCGCUGUCAAUGUGGAGUGUGUCACUGUCGAGCCAACCGCACAGGCAGAGCGUGUGAGUGCAGUGGGGACGUGGACAACUGUGCUAGUUCUGAGGGUGGCCUCUGCAGUGGACAUGGACAUUGCAAGUGCAACCGCUGCCAGUGUUUGGACGGCUACUAUGGUGCCCUGUGUGACCAGUGCCCAGGCUGCAAGACACCAUGUGAAAAACACAGGGACUGUGCAGAAUGUGGAGCCUUGGGGACUGGUCCUCUGGCCACCAACUGCAGCAUGGCUUGCGCCCAUGCCAACGUGACUCUGGUGUUAGCACCUAUCUUGGAUGAUGGCUGGUGCAAAGAGAAGACACAGGACAACCAGCUGUUCUUCUUCCUGGUGGAGGAUGAAGCUGGAGGUCGAGUUGUGCUGAGAGUGAGACCCCAAGAGAAGAGAACAGACCACACCCAGGCCAUUGUGCUGGGCUGCGUAGGGGGCAUUGUGGCAGUAGGACUGGGGCUGGUCCUAGCUUACCGGCUCUCAGUGGAAAUCUACGACCGCCGAGAAUACCAUCGCUUUGAGAAGGAGCAGCAGCAACUCAAGUGGAAGCAGGACAGCAAUCCUCUCUACAAAAGUGCUAUUACGACCACCAUCAAUCCCCACUUUCAAGGGGCAGAGAGUCCCAUUUCCUGAGGGGAAAUACACCCAGGACCAUAUGCUCUGGGAGGACAGUGGACUGGAGGGCAGGGCCUGGCAGGCAGCAGUCUGGUUGGGGAAUAAUCUGCUGCUGAGGAGUGGUUGCCACCCUACUUGGUUUUCAGUGACAUUCAAAGGGCAAUUCCUACUGCUGCAACUGUUCACCUCACAAAGAGCAUGCCUUGUUCUC